UUUUGGCAACACAGCACUUCGCGUCGAAUCGCAGAUGUAGAGUAGUCUGCUUUUGUUAAUGUCGUCGUUCUAGUGUCUUCAAUAAACUAGACUAAAGUUCACCUCACCAGCAAGUGCUUCCUGAAACUGUUUCACUUUACCCAAAAGAAUUAGAGUUUCACCUCCACCAUGGAAUCCCUUUCUCCCACAGAACGGGAUAUAGGGAAUGGAUCAAAUCCUGCUGAAAAAAGUAAUCAUUCUCUUCAGCAGCAGAAUCCUCUAGCAGAACAUUCCUCUCAGAGACAAUCAGGAGAUGGUUCAGAAAGCAACAGUUUGGUUACAGAUUCCUUGUCUACCUUAUCCAUCAGGGCUGAACCUUUUAAAAGCACUUCAUUUGAUCAAUCAGCAGCCACUCAGCUCUCUGUAUUUGCAAAAGAAUUUGUUCCAAAAGCAUUUCCAACAACAUCUUACACAGAGAGCUAUCAAACAUAUGUGGAUACAGAAUAUCAUGAACAGACUACAGAGUUAGCUCCUGCAGAUUCUGAAAGAAGUGAUCCAUUAUUAGAUUAUGCUUUCCAAGUGUUGUAUGAAAUAACAUAUAGUCCUGGUCACUUCACACAUUUGUGUGAUCAACUCAUCUCUAACCUGAACAGUUGGCCAGCUUUGGAUGAAAGUAUGCUGCAGAUAUUAGUGGAUGAAAUCGUCGCUCUAGCUAUUCGUGAACCUAAUUUCCGGUAUAACGGCGCAAGGCUUUGUAAUUCAAUCACUCGAGGACUGCGAUUUUCCGGUCCUACUUCUCCCGAUUUUCGAUCUACUCUUUUUAACAGAUGUCGAAUAAUCCAUGAUGAUCGAAAAAACCUGAUGCAAAGCGAUGCAGAGUAUUUGAGGGGAUUUGCUUUAUUUAUGAGCGAACUCUUUGUGCACAUGAAUCAGAAAGAUGCAUCCAGCAGAUUCCGCGUUUUAGGAAGAGCCGUUCGGGAGCUAUUGCUGACUCUUCUAGAACAUCCAACUCCUGGUAACGUCAAAUGUGUCUGUCAAAUUCUGAAGUUAUCAGGCUCUUACCUUGAAGACGAUGAUCGUGAAGCUAAUAAAGGAAAAACCACCGAAAUGGAUCAACUGAUGGCGAAGAUUGAAACAGUCGGUCGCACAGUUGAAAUGCAAAUGCAUAUGAAAGAUCUUCUUCUGAACAUGAUUGAGUUGAGAGGCAGUGACUGGGGUCGGGCACCGAGCUCCCCAGUGACUCGUGAAAGUCACACUGCAAGUAGUCAGCUCCCCAACCAUCAAAUGGGUGUGUAUUAUGGCCCUGACGGUCAAGCUCUAACUGCUGAGGAAACUGAGUUUCUUGACCAAGGAAUCAAUCGCCAUGAUGAGGAUGAAGAAUACGAGUAUGCGUAUGAAGAAGAUACUGGAAUGGAUGAUGAGAUGGCUGAGGCAUUUGAAAAAUUUCUCAUGAUGCAAGACGCUUUGAAAUAAAAUUCAGUAUACCGAUCAUGUUUUAAGGACCAUUUCGAAUGUGUAAUUAUUAUGUUGCUGUCACCUUUGCUGAUACAUCAAAGUAGGGAGAAAUAAUAAAGUUAAUACCCCUCCCCAAA